ACGGAAGUACUGGCAAUCCAACUUUUUAACCUCGUUGCUUUCGCCACAUUGCUUGCCUUUGAUCUUCCAAACCCAAUAGCGAUAUCUUCCUCUCCAGCUUAACAACCUCCUCCUCCUACUUCUUCUUCUUCUUCAACAAUGGCAAGUGCUGCUUUUGCUAAUUCAUUGUUUACUACUUCUUCUUCGUCUUCUUCUACUGCUCUUGGUUCUCGACCAACUAGUAAUGCCUUGGUUACAGCUCGUGUUUCAUUUCCCAAUUCUAGAUCUCAUUUUUUUUCUAUCCAGUUGAAGGAGAAGAAGAAUUCUAGCUAUUUCACUACCCAUUGUUCCCUUAAUGAUGCUUCUGCUGCUCCUAAAGAUCCAAAAGAAGAAGAAACUCCAAUUGAACUAAAAUACCCGGCUUAUCCUACUGUGAUGGACAUCAAUCAGAUUCGUGAGAUUUUACCCCACCGGUUUCCUUUUCUUCUUGUGGAUAGAGUGAUUGAGUACACUCCAGGAGUUUCAGUUGUUGCCAUAAAGAAUGUCACGAUAAAUGACAAUUUCUUUCCUGGACAUUUUCCUGAGAGGCCAAUUAUGCCGGGUGUUCUGAUGGUUGAGGCAAUGGCACAAGUUGGUGGCUUGGUCAUGCUGCAACCAGAAGUUGGAGGCUCUCGUGACAAUUUCUUUUUUGCUGGGAUCGACAAAGUAAGAUUUAGAAAACCAGUAAUUGCAGGUGACACUUUAGUUAUGAGAAUGACGCUUGUCAAGCUGCAGAAACGCUUUGGAAUAGCAAAGAUGGAAGGAAAAGCUUAUGUUGGAGGUGAUGUUGUUUGCGAGGGUGAGUUUUUGAUGGCCAUGGGUAGUGAAUAAUCUGCUGAGUUUUAAUAUUUCUUGCAGUUACUUGUUGCUUUUAUCCCCUUUCCACCCUUUUUUUUCAUUUCUAAAAGUUCUGUUAUCAUUUUGGUAAAGGGAAGGGGGGUUGGGAGAGAGAUCUCAUUAUAUUUGGAUUUGAUAAUCUUAUGACUCUGAUAGAAACUUGGUGUUAGAUUUGAUGCUAGAAAGAGCAACUGUUCCUUCCAUCUCAGGCAAAACGUAAGUCUUGUAAUCUCCUGUUUCUUUUUGUUUUGUUGAGCAUGUGAAAUAUGUCGUAUGCUUGUUUUGUGGUGAAAA